AUAUAAAUACUUGAAUAUUUACCCAAAAAAAGAAAGAAAGACCGCUCCAGGCACAAACACACAAACCCCAUGGACAAAACAUCAGAAGAAGCUUCAUCCAAAGGCAAAAAACGCCAGCGAGACCAACAACCUACCGAUCCUCAAACCAACCAACUUCAUCAUCAAAUUUUAUCACUAGAGGAUAAUCUUUCAUUUACCGAUACAUUGGUAGCGCUUCGCAUGAUGCGAGCUCAGUUUCCUCGCAUUGACAAGGUCUCGAUUCAGCCCUUCAUUUUAAGGUCACAAUUGUACAGCAGCGUAAAGGACAGAACUCAAGUGGAUAGGGAAUUAGAGUCAUUAAGAAGAGAGAAAGUAGUGCGCAUUUUCAAAUUAAAUACCGGACAGGAUGAUCAUGCUAUUAUGUUUUUGGAUGACUAUCUAAACCAGAUGGAAAAUGUUGUGAAAAGAUUGGAAGAAAAGGAGGGUGAUCAAGUGUUCAAGUGGUUUAGAACACAUGUUAUUGAUUCCAAGCUGGAACCUAGUAUUGAACAUCAAGAGCUUUAUACACUCUUAUCACUUGGGGGAAUGGUUAAGGAUGGACACAUCUCCCUUUUAAUCAAUGCUGGCCUUCUUAUUCUCAAAUCAGUUGUUCUGUGGAGCUUCUCAGUCCUUGCUUCAUAUACUCGCCAGCUUAUUGAUCCCAACAUGUACUGGUUCGCAAUUCCAAACAUUGGUUCAGUACUAAAGGGCCUCUCUCAGGGAAGAAAGGAAGUCCUCUCCUUUCUAAAUCGCAGGAGAUACAAAGAGAUGAUGUUGGCCUCUAUGGAGAAGAAACGCCUCCGGUUCUCUCCACUUGAUAUGAGAUUUCAUCUCCGUGAUCUGAUUGGCUCAGGUCACCUCAAAACAGUCCAAACAUCAACUGGCUUACUUGUUCGAGUCUCAAAAGAUUGAGAACCCAGGAAGACACCAUCUCCUCUUCAAUCCAUCCAAAAAUUACCACACUUAUCAUGAUUGUAAAUCUUGAGAAGAGAUAAAGUAGCUGCUCUGGACUGUUAAGCUGAGGAUGCUAUCUGCAGAUUUUCUUCUGUUGAUUAAAAAUGACUAAAAUUUAUCCAGGCUGGUGAAUAUAGAAAGAAAAGAGGUCAGGCAACCAUGCACAUCGCUAUCGAUGAAUGCAAAAUAUUUUUAUUGUAUUUACCACACACACACACACACACACACACACAUAUAGUUUGGGCAUAACCUGUCAGAAUGGAUAAGACGGGGAGUCUGUAAGGACAUUUGUUUUAUGAUGAGUUCUUGCUAGAAGAUAUGUACUGUGUCAGCGUGUUGACACUAGACAACCAUAUUUGCUUUUCCCAUUUUGAAGCUCUAUUGCUGUUAGAAUCUA